GAAAACUCCUGUCCUCUGCGCUCCUGGAAGCGGCUAAAGGGGUAACGUGACGCCAGAAGACGUCCUCCGUCUAUAAAGACGUUCUCCGCCUGCGCUCAGCCCUGCGCGUGCGAGUAGUUCAGUGGACAGCGGUAACGGAUAAAUCCUUCACCGGUCUCAGGACAUCAGGGCGUAGCAGGAUGUUGACACAUGUGGACCGACAGUGACAUCCUUCUCCAGCAAUGCUGUCUUCGCUCCCUCCUGCGCUCAGGAGCAUCUAGAGAGAUUUUUUGCAGAAGGGAUCCUCAAUGCAUUUGCUUACCAUUAUUUAAGGAGCCUUUACUAGAAGUUUUUGGAUUGUGUUUCUGAGCGGACAAAAGAUUUUGUGUUCAAAAUGCUCAUAAAGGAAUAUCGUAUUCCUCUUCCGCUGAGCGUGGAAGAGUAUCGCAUUGCCCAGCUGUACAUGAUACAGAAAAAGAGCAGAGAAGAGACAUGUGGGGAAGGCAGUGGAGUGGAGAUCCUGGAGAACAGGCCCUACAUGGACGGCCCAGGAGGCAACGGGCAGUACACUCACAAAGUGUACCACAUUGGUAUGCACAUACCCAGCUGGUUUCGGUCCAUAUUGCCCAAGGCAGCGUUGCGAGUCGAAGAGGAAUCGUGGAACGCGUAUCCUUACACGAGGACAAGGUAUACGUGUCCUUUUGUGGAGAAGUUCUCUAUUGAUAUUGAGACGUACUACAAAACUGACCCAGGAGAGCACGUCAACGUGUUCAACCUUUCCCCUGCGGAGAAAAGACAGACCGUUCUCGACCCUAUUGAUAUUGUUAAAGAUCCUAUCCCUCCACAUGAAUACAAAGCCGAGGAGGAUCCAAAGCUAUAUAAAUCAGUGAAGACUAAAAGAGGCCCCCUCUCGGAAGACUGGAUUGAAGAAUACAAGAACAACCCUGGGAAAUACCCAAUCAUGUGUGCAUAUAAACUUUGUAAAGUCGAGUUCAGAUACUGGGGGAUGCAGUCCAAAAUCGAGCGGUUUAUCCAUGAUGUUGGCUUGCGGAAGGUCAUGGUCCGUGCCCAUCGGCAGGCCUGGUGCUGGCAGGAUGAGUGGUACGGGCUCACCAUUGAGGAUAUCCGGCAGCUGGAGAAGGAGGCGCAGUUGAUGCUGGCUCAGAAGAUGGCCCAGUUCUGCGGUGAAAAUGAUUCUGAGCAGCACGGAACCAAAGACACUCCUGGAGAGAAGGAUGUUGAAGUUGACACUGUUUCGCCUGUUGACGCAGAGGAUGUUGCUAGUAACAGUGAAACAGCAUCUGGGAGAUCACUCACCAAGCAGUGGUCCACUUCUUCCAAGUCCUCACGAUCUUCAAAAAGAGGAGCAAGUCCCUCACGCCAUAGCAUCUCUGAGUGGAGGAUGCAGAGCAUUGCCAGAGACUCGGAUGACAGCUCAGACGACGAAUUCUUCGAUGCACAUGAGGACUUGUCUGACAAUGAGGAAAUGUUCCCGAAAGAAAUAACCAAAUGGAGUUCCAAUGAUCUGAUGGAUAAAAUUGAAACCCCUGAAUGCGAUGAUGUCCAGGGUGACUUGUAUCACGAGACGUCGGCAGAGUACCACGUCGCCUCCAGCGUGGAGCGGCUCAGCAUCAUCGAGGAUGAAUCAGUGCAGCCAUUAAUGCAGCCAAGUAAAAUCCACGUCCUCCUCUUGGUCCUCCAUGGAGGCAACAUCCUAGACUCAGGAAGUGGUGAUCAGAGCUCUAAACAAGGGGAUGUCAACACCAUCACAACAGUGUUUGACACGGUGAUGAGGGUACAUUACCCAGCUGCUCUUGGACACAUUGCCAUCAAGCUAGUCCCUUGCCCAGCCAUCUGCUCUGAAGCCUUUUCGCUGGUGUCCAGCCUCAGCCCAUACAGUUAUGAUGAAGGCUGCCUGUCCAACAGCCAGGACCACAUCCCGCUCGCAGCGCUCCCUCUGCUAGCCACGUCGUCCCCGCAGUACCAGGAAGCAGUGGCCACAGUGAUCGUCAGGGCCAACCAGGCCUACAGCGAGUUCAUCCGAUCCCAGGAGGGCACAUCAUUCAACGGCCAGGUUUGCUUGGUAGGGGACUGUGUUGGAGGCAUUCUGGGAUUUGAUGCCUUAUGCUACAGCAAUCAAACUGUGUCCGAGAGCCAGAACAGCAGCCGGCGAGGAAGCGUUGUGAGCGUCCAGGAUACUGAUCUCCUGUCUCCUGGAAUAACAGUGAACAAUAGCUAUUGUUCCAGUGGCUCUAAUCUGGAAGCCAGCAGGCACCUCAGCAGGAGCAACAUUGAUAUUCCUCGUAGCAACGGAGAAGAUCCAAAGAAGCAACUGCCACGAAAAAGGAGUGAUUCAUCAACCUAUGAACUGGACACAAUAAAGCAGCAUCAGGCCUUUCUUUCAAGUUUACAUUCCAGUGUUCUGAGAAACGACCCGGGAUCCAGGCGAUCUAGUAGCUCCACGAUGUUGGACGGAGGAAAUAUUGGAAAGUUUGAAUUUGAGAUCACGGACUUCUUCCUCUUUGGUUCUCCCCUGGGGUUGGUUCUUGCGUUGCGAAAAACUGUCAUCCCAGCUCUUGACAUCUUUCAGCUGAGACCAGCUUGUCAGCAAGUCUAUAACCUGUUCCACCCCGCGGAUCCGUCUGCCUCCCGCCUCGAGCCUCUGUUGGAGAGGAAGUUCUACCUGUUGCCACCUUUUAAUGUUCCCCGCUACCAGAGGUUCCCGCUGGGUGACGGCAAUUCUGCUGUUCUGGUUGAGACAAUCCAGAACAAUCCCAUCCUGCUCAUGGAAAGCAGCCCUUUGGGUGCUCUCCAGCACCAGGACAGCUUCAUGGAAACAAGUAUCCCUGUUCCCGUUCUGAAUUGGCAAGAUGUUUCCAAUAAAAGUGCUGGUUUUGCUGAGUCAGAUGUUGUUCAGUCUCAUGGUGCCGUCUUCAUGGAAAGCGCGUCCCUGUCCACCCCCAUGUCCGCCCCUCAGUUCAGGGGCUUCCGGCGUGCCAGUGAGAUCAGCAUUGCCAGCCAGGUCUCAGGAAUGGCAGACAGUUACACUGCUUCCAACAUAGCCAACAUUGCUGCCAAAUGGUGGGGAACCAAGAGGAUCGACUACGCUCUUUACUGUCCCGACGCUCUGACGGCUUUUCCGACGGUCGCCUUGCCGCACCUCUUCCACGCGAGCUACUGGGAGUCCACAGACGUCGUCUCCUUCCUGCUGAGACAGGUGAUGCGGCACGAGAGCAACAGCGUCCUGGAGCUGGACGGGAAGGAGGUGUCCGUCUUCACCCCCUCCAAGCCCCGCGAGAAGUGGCUCCGCAAGAGGACGCACGUGAAGCUGCGGAACGUCACAGCCAACCACAGGAUAAACGACACCAUCGCUAAUGAAGACGGUCCCCAGACCUUAACUGGAAGGUUUAUGUACGGUCCGUUAGAUAUGGUCACGCUCACAGGGGAAAAGGUGGACAUUCACAUCAUGACCCAGCCGCCGUCCGGAGAGUGGGUUUACUUUGACACCGAGAUCAGCAACAGCAGUGGCAGGAUUUCUUACGUCAUCCCUGAGGGCAGGCGCUUGGGCAUUGGCGUGUACCCUGUCAAGAUGGUGGUCAGGGGUGACCACACAUACGCAGACAGCUACAUCACGGUUCUGCCAAAGGGGACGGAGUUUGUGGUGUUCAGCAUCGACGGCUCCUUUGCAGCCAGCGUGUCCAUCAUGGGCAGCGACCCCAAAGUCCGCGCCGGAGCGGUCGACGUUGUAAGGCACUGGCAAGACCUCGGCUACCUCAUUAUCUACGUCACGGGCCGCCCCGACAUGCAGAAGCAGAGGGUGGUAGCGUGGUUAGCACAGCACAACUUCCCCCACGGGAUCGUCUCGUUCUGCGACGGGCUCGUUCACGACCCACUGCGGCACAAGGCCAACUUCCUGAAAUCCCUCAUCACAGACCUCCACAUGAAGAUCCACGCGGCAUAUGGCUCGACUAAGGACAUCUCUGUGUACAGCUCCAUCAGCCUCCCGCCCACGCACAUCUACAUCGUUGGCCGACCCACCAAGAAGCUGCAGAGCCAGUGUCAGUUCAUCACGGAGGGGUACGCGGCCCACCUGGCGCAGCUCGAGUACAACCACCGCUCCCUGCGGCGGACCAUCUCCUCCCAGCCGCCGGGCGCCAGCGGCAGCGCCGGCCAUCGCCCCGAGCGCACCCAGAGCCAGUCCGACAGCGACAAGGAGAGGGACAGGGAACGCAGCCAAAGAAGCAUGAGCAUCGCCACGGGGUGCUGGGGCCGGAGCGCAGCGUCCCGGCUGGAGUCUGGCCUCUUGGGGCAGAAAUAGCCAGGCCAGAGCCAGCGACUGUCAGCUGUAGCAACUGGAGGAGAAAACAAAAGGAAGAGGGACGAGGCCAGCGUUACGGGCUGGAAGGGUAAAUAUGGUGCUACUCUAAUAACAUCAUGGUAUUCUGGGAGGAGAUGGGAUGCUUCCCACGCAGAACAUGCAGGCCUUGCAGCGGGAGCGUCGGGUUUGUGCAGCAGGAGCCCAAGGAAGAGCUGGAAAUUAGGGGGGAAAAGUCUCCAGGUCAAGAUCGCGCGCUCUCCUGCCUCCUUCUCUUAUCCAGGUUUAGUGACUGUAAAUACGUGCCUCCUCGCCUUGUUAGCCAUCGCUCCGAUACGCGUGACCGAGUGCUGUCCUCAGAGCCGCAGGAACAGGGGAUGAGGCUGGGGGAACUUGUUCGUGGUUGCCCCAGGAGUCAGACUGAGGUGCUCUGCCGGUGCUGGUGCCGGCGCGGGGUGGGGUGGGGAUGGGGUUCGAUAAGCGUGCGGUUUCCCGGCACAGACAGCCCCAAGCGAGGGGUGAGUCAGGGGCUGUGCCAGGCAGAGCAACCAAGAGCUUUACCCUGUACAAAGAGCUUCAAGUUCAGCCACUUUCUCGAGGAGCAUGUGCAGUGGCAAAGCAUAAAGAUAUAUCGAUGCUGUUGGUAGGGGCAGAACGUCAGCAGGUUCACGCCCAAGAAAGUGGGGUCGUUAUUGUUAUUACUGUUACUUUUUUAAAGAGACCUUUUAGAAGCCGAUGGAAUUUAAUGCAUUGACCUAUUAAAAGAAGAAUACAAGCUA